GGCAAGUGCAAAAGGCUACAGAGCAGUAGGCCGAGCAAUGGCGAGCAGCAAGCUUGCGGUCAUGGCGGUGCUCGUCCUGCUGCUGCUGGUGUCCGCCCGAAGCUAUGAACAAAUCCCCGCGGUGAUGACGGUGAACGGGUUCCAGCGCGGCGAGUCCGGCGGCGGGCCGUCGGAGUGCGACGGCAAGUACCACGACGACAACCUGAUGCUGGCGGCGCUGUCCACGGGGUGGUACGAGGGGGGCAUUCGUUGCUUCAGGACGAUCCGCAUCAGGAGCACGCAGACCGGGCGCACCGCGCUCGCCCAGGUCGUGGACGAGUGCGACUCCACUCGCGGCUGCCGGAACAACAUCGUCGACACGUCCAAGGCCGUGUGGGCGGCGCUCGGGCUCGACACCGACGUCGGCGAGGUCCCCGUCACCUGGUCCGACGCCUGA